AUGAGCAACAAAGGAACUGCAGAUUUCACCGGCCCCACGUCAAAUGGCCGCAGCACUUCCGCCGACUCAAGGACUCAAGGUGAUGCUCACCGUUUGAAGAAUACGUUGCCAUCCCGCAAGCUGGAGUCGGAAUACUUCCUCCAAGGUUUAGAGGCUCUCCAAAAGCUCUCAUCGCUUCCUCUCCCGGAUGACGCGCCUCUCAAGGUCAUUUGGGCGGCAGCUGAUAAGUUGCGAGGCGUAUAUGCUUCCCCAAUUGGGACGUAUGCGCUUGCCACCUUGCUGAGCAUGAAGUCCAAAUGUGAAGACGCCAUCAAAACCUACAUCAAUGGGCUGACAAAAAACAUUGGGAGCCCCAUCUCUUCGGAGAGAGUGGCACAGCUCCUCCAAGAGUGCGGGGGCAACUUCGUCCGUUUUUGUGCUCAGCUUGCGGAUGAAAAGUUCCUUCGUCUUCAGGAUCUCCAAGAAGUUGUUGGACUGUCGAACGCGAUCACCAACGUUGUUCCCCCGGGUAACGGCACGAUGUUGGGCGGCUCGAAGGUUUCCAUUUCUUCAGUCGAUCCCGCGGACAACAUGACCAAAUGGCCCAGUCAGACAAAGCGCGCCAACGGAGCCGGGAACCGCACCGUGAGUCUCAAGCGUGUGGGAGACAUCACUACCAUCCACCAACUCCAAGCUUUGGUUUGGGGUGGAAGAAUCGAGUCUCUGAAUCUGCCUGAACCAGGCAAGAGCUUCGCCUUUGUCAAAUUCAUGACCGCACAGGCCUGCCAAAACUACCUGGCCGCAACGGAAAACGGCGUUGAAGUUCCCGGAGGCAAGCCCGGGGCUAUUGUCCUUGUGGAUGGUCAACCUGGACCCAAUUCCGUCAAUGACAACUUGCAGGCGUGCAUUGAAGGGGAGGUGACUCGCUGCGUCCGCGCUCUUGAUGCUGACAGUGACUGGGGUGACAAAGCACUUGAGAAACUCGCCGAGGGGACUGGCAAGGAGAAGCGGAAGGUCGACAUCAUCAAGCGUGGGAGAACGGGGCAUGGUCGAUACUUCAUCGAAUUUCGAUUUGCCAACAUCUAUGAUGCUCUGAGUUUCAAGCGCCAGUUGGCAGAGGAGGAGGACUGGGAGCGAUGUACUAUCGUGUACGCGCCGGAUCCAUGCGAGAUUGCCGACGGUGUCCACUUCACCGACCUGGUGGACGUCUAG